GCCCGCCUUCGAAGACGACCGAGUGGAUGAAGAAGAUCACCCAUUUCGAGCAAGAAAAAGACGAGACCUUGAGGAAUGCUUGGGAGAGAUUCUCCGAUUACUUUCUUCAAUGCCCUCACCAUGUGUUCGAGGAGAAAUUUUGAAUUGAAACUUUCUACGGUGGACUAAUCCAAGAAGACAACAUUCUCAUUGACUCUCUGUGUCAAGGGAAAUUGAUGAAUAUGACUCCACCACAAGUAAUCGAAUUGCUCGAGGACAUGGCCCUCAAGGGGUACGAUUGGGGCUUGACGAGGAGCGGGAAAAGAAGUAAUGAUAGAGGAGUGAGAAGUGUGGGAGCCAGCGCUCCACUUGAAGCGAAGCUUGACAAGUUGAUCGAGGUAAUUCUUGAAGAUAAGAAGCAGGGAAAGAGGCUGGUGAUGUCUUGUGAUUGGUGUUUGAGCACUGGCCAUGAGAUGGCGGAGUUCCAAGCAAUGAAGGAGGCAACCACUCCGGAGGAACAAGUCUACGUCGUGGAAAAUGCUAGGGGUAAUAACCCGUAUGGAAAUACUUAUAAUCCCGAAUGGAGGAACCACCCCAAUUUUGCUUGGUCGUCACCGACUCAUCCUAGACCCCCGUGUUUUCAAGGCCCCACGGGCAAUUACCAACCUCGACCAACCUUCAUCCAACAAAGGCCUCAAGUCCAAAGCUCAAACUUCCAACAACCAUACCAAGCACAAGGUGGCCAAGGGUUUCAACAACAACAACAACAACCCGACAAGCUAUCCAAGCUUGAAGACCUAGUGAACACCUUUGUGAGCACGAGUGCUCAAAAGUUUGAGAAGAUUGAGCAAUUUAUGGAUGUGGCGACUACCAAGUUUACCUCGGUUGAGGCGGGACUCCGAAGCCAUCAAGCGAGCCUCCAAAGUUUGGAAUUGCAAAUUGGCAAUCUUGCAGAGAUCCUCACCGAUAGACCUAAGGGAGCCCUACCUUCCCAAACCGUGGCAAACCCCAAGGAUCAUGCCGGGGUGAAUGAAAUUUAAAUGGGAAGUGGAAAGGUGACUCCGGGAGUUGCCGCUCAGGAUGUGAGGAAGAAGGAAGGUUCCAACCUGAAGGUUGGAGAGGAAGAGCCCUCGAGGGGAGAGAAGAAAGUGGCAAGGAAGGC